AUGCCGCCGAACUGGGUUUGGCUCGCCUUCUUCGUGCCGGUGCUGCUUCAUCAGCUCUGGGCAGAAGAGGAGGCCGUGAAAGUGCUGCUGCCAUGCUACAAGCGCCACAUGGACCUGCACCGCCUCGAAGACGGCUUCUCGCUCAUGGGCCUCUUGCCAUCCUCGGAGACCUUGUGGCUUCGCGCUCAGAAGCUGCUUUUGGUCAUGAGCUCCGUGGACGUCUUCACCGACACCUACUUUGCCAGCACCAUGGGCCUGGGAGGCACAAAUGCCUGCUCACAUGGAAGGACGCAAGAGAUUUGGGACUUCUGGUGGAGGCAGAGCAUCUUCAGCUCGCUGCCCUUCGUGGUUCCCCUGGACGUGCUGAUCUCGGCAUCCUGGACCUUGAUGCUCUUGCACCUUGUCGUGGCCUGCGCCACCAUGGUCCGGAAGAAGGGGGCCGGCGACAGAGGUGACGACGGCCGGUCGCCGCCCCUGCUGUCCUGCAGUGACAAGGACACGUUGUUCAACGACGACGUGUGCUUCCAACUCGGUGAAUCUGCAGGGUUCUCGUCCGUAGUCCAGAUGUCCAACAAGCUGUACGUCCUCCAGAUGAAGAAGAACGUUUACAGGAAGAAAGGAUACAGGAUCAUGGGGUACGGCCUACCCCUAUCUCAAAAGUAUGUGCGGCGCGUCUACUUCUCGUACCUUCUGGAGGAUGGCGUGCAAGUGGUGCUGCAGUCAUGGACGUUGGCAAUCAACACCCACCAGGCGCGCGAGCUGGCGCUGCUCCCGGCGCUGUCCCUGGCCCUGAGCUUCCUCAUGGGCCUCGGGAAGAUGAAGGAGAUGCUGUGGUUCUUCCAGGUCCGCAGGCUCAUGGAGGACAUGGCUUUCAGGACAAGGGCCGAGAACAACGAAGUGGACAGGGCCGGGAGGGAGGAAGAAUUCGAGGCCGGCCUAAAGGUGGUCGGAUGCCAUGCCAUGCUCGUGGGCCUUGCCGUGUUCUUGAUGGCGGGCGCCUUGUUCAUCGCGUGCUUCACGCUCUACGCGGCGCACGCCUGUCCCGGAGGGAUCAGGUCUCUGAAUGGAUGCGUGGACAUCCCGUGA